GACACCCCUUUCGAGGAGACCAGGCUUCACGUCUUUACCUUGGAUUACCCACACGUGCAAAUCCCCUUCGAGAUCACCCUUUGGAUUCUCCUGGCUUCCUUAGCCAAGAUCGGUUUUCAUCUCUACUACAAAUUGCCGCAGAUAGUUCCAGAAAGUUGUCUCCUUAUUGUGAUUGGACUGAUUUUAGGUGGAAUUAUAUUUGGGGCACAGGAAAAAUCUCCACCAGUGAUGAAGAACGAUGUUUUUUUCUUAUAUCUUCUUCCUCCAAUUGUCCUCGACGCUGGUUAUUUUAUGCCCACACGCCUCUUCUUUGAGAACUUCGGCACCAUUUUUUGGUAUGCUGUUGUGGGCACACUCUGGAAUUCUCUUGGCAUUGGCAUUUCCCUCUUUGCCAUUUGCCAGAUUGAGGCCUUUGGUCUGAGUGACAUCACUCUACUGCAGAGCCUACUUUUUGGGAGUUUGAUUUCAGCUGUGGAUCCUGUGGCUGUGUUGGCUGUCUUUGAAAAUAUUCAUGUCAACGAGCAGCUGUAUAUCUUAGUUUUUGGGGAAUCUCUCUUGAAUGAUGCUGUAACUGUGGUGCUGUACAACUUGUUCAAAUCUUUCUGCCAGAUGCGUACAAUUGAGGUCGUUGACAUAUUUGCUGGAAUUGCUAAUUUUUUUGUAGUUGGCAUUGGAGGAGUUUUGAUUGGAAUCAUUCUUGGAUUUGUAGCAGCUUUUACUACUCGUUUCACCCAUAAAAUUCGAGUGAUUGAGCCACUGUUUGUCUUCUUAUACAGUUACCUAUCAUACAUAACAGCUGAAAUGUUUCACCUUUCAGGGAUUAUGGCGAUUACAGCAUGUGCUAUGACCAUGAAUAAAUAUGUAGAGGAGAAUGUUUCUCAGAAGUCCUAUACUACUAUAAAAUAUUUCAUGAAAAUGCUGAGCAGUGUCAGUGAAACUCUUAUCUUUAUUUUUAUGGGAGUAUCUACAGUAGGAAAAAACCAUGAAUGGAACUGGGCCUUUGUUUGCUUUACACUGCUAUUUUGUUUGAUUUGGCGUUCAUUAGGAGUUUUUGCAUUGACUCAAGUAAUAAAUGUAUUUCGGACAAUUCCUAUAACAUUUAAAGACCAGUUCAUUAUUGCCUAUGGAGGCCUCCGAGGAGCUAUAUGUUUUUCUCUAGUCUUCCUGCUCCCUUCUACUGUUUUUCCUAGAAAGAAGCUUUUCAUUACCGCUGCUAUCGUAGUGAUCUUCUUUACCGUGUUCAUUCAGGGAAUGACAAUUCGCCCACUAGUGGACUUUCUUGAUGUCAAAAGAUCAAAUAAGAAGCAACCAGCAGUCAGUGAGGAAAUCUACUGCCGGUUCUUUGACCAUAUCAAGGCUGGUGUUGAAGAUGUUUGUGGACACUGGGGUCACAACUUUUGGAGAGAUAAGUUUAUAAAAUUUGAUAAGAAAUACCUAAGAAGACUUUUAAUUAAGGAGAAACAACCAAAAUCAAGUAUUGUUACUCUGUACAAGAAAUUGGAAAUAAAACAUGCCAUUGAAAUGGCAGAGAAUGGGAUGUUAAGCACAGUUCCAUCUCUAGCUUCUAUCAAUGAGCCUCAAGAAGGAGAAAAAAUAAAUGCACCUUAUUCUGGCCAAAUGGAUAACAUAAGAGAGAUUUUAACAAAGAAUCUGUAUCAGAUACGACAAAGAACUCCAUCAUAUAAUAGAUACAGUCUUGCUGAAGAUGCAAAUGAAAAGCAAGCCAAAGAAAUUUUGAUUCGUCGCCGACAUAGCCUAAGGGAGAGCAUUAGGAAGAGCAACAGUUUGUCAAGACCAGUGCACAUGAAAUCACCACGUUACUUAUCACUACCUAAAAAUACUAAACUUGCAGAGAAAACACGGAAAAGAAAUCAAUCCUCCUUUAAAGUAAGUGACAACAGUGAAUCUGAAUCUGACCAUACCAUGGUGCUGAAUUUUAAAUCCCAAGCGGGAAACAUUUUGAGAGAUCAAAGACUUCGUCAGCAACAAUGCAGAAUUGAGUGGAAGAAUGAAACGGGCAGAGACAAUGCUGGUACAACGAGCUACCCUCAAGGAACAACAAGAGGCUUCCGGCAACCACUAUUGCCAAGGCCACCAUUUGGCACAGUGAAUGAAGAAUCAGCUGAAGAUGACAGAUCAGUCAAGCCCCUACCACCACCUAGAUUAGCCCGGCAGGCAUCAAAAGCUGAAAGGCCAAGAGAUAAACCUGAGAAUAACCAUAGCAAUAAUUACUAA